GUGUGUGUGUGCCGCUCCAUAUAUAUGUGUACAUAUAUAUGCGUACAUAUCUAUGCGUAUAUAUAUAUGCGUACAUAUAUAUGGAGCCACUUGUGAAUGAACGAAAGGAAAUGCAAGAAUCGAAGAAGUCACGUAAUUGAGGAAGGUCAAGGUCAAGGUGAAAUAAUCCGAUAUUCAUCAAACCCCAAUAAGAACAUUCUGCAAUGUGGAAAUAUAGGCCAAAUCGUAUAAAGUGCGUGAGUGUUAGUGUGUGUGUGUGGCUCCAUAGAUGCGUACAUAUGAAGCCACUUGGGAAUGAACAAAAGGAAAUGCAAGAAUCUAAGAAGUCACGUAUUUGAGGAAGGUCAAGGUCAAGGUGAAACAGCCCGAUAUUCAUCAAAUCCCAAUCAGAACCUUCGGCAACGUGGAAAUAUAGGCCGAAUCGUAAAAUGUGCGUGAGUGUUGGUGUGUGUGUGUGGUUCCAUAUAUAGAUGCGUACAUAUUUAUGCGUACAUAUGUAUGGGACCACUUGUGAAUGAACAAAAGGAAAUGCAAGAAUCUAAGAAGUCACGUAAUUGAGGAAGGUCAAGGUCAAGGUGAAACAACCCGAUAUUCAUCAAAUCCGAGUAAGAACCUUCUGCAUUGUGGAAAUAUAGGCUUCACGGGAUGAGUGAAAAUCUAUAUACAUAUGAGAUUACCCAAAGAAAAAGGAAAUGAAAAGCGGAUGUAUGAUGGUCAACUAUCUAAUAUGGAAAACUUUUUAUUAUUUAAUUACAAAUAUUUGUUGUUUCCAAUUGAUUCUAAUAAUGAUAAAUGUUUUCUAUUGGUUAAAAUAUAGCUCCCCGGGAUAAGUGAAAAUCUAUUUACAUAUGAGGAUACGCAAAGAAAAAGGUAGUGAAAACCGGAAGUGCGAUGCUCAACUAUAAAUUAAACCCAAUAAGUACCUCGAUCAAAAUGGAAAGACGGAGUAAUAUAUUUUUUCUAUUGAUAUUUAAUUGGGUGAAUCACAAACUAAACUGCUUGUAUAAAAAGAAAAUUAGUCAUUAGGUAAAAAGUUUCAAGUUUUAUAGUUAAGCCUUUCAUGUUUGGCUUGCCAAACGGCUUAAGGUAGCUCCAGAAAGAUCAAAAGAAAAGUUAUAGGUUUAUAUAAAAGCGAUCAUAUAUAUAGAAAUAUGAUCUGAUUAAUGAGUAACUAGUACAUUGAAAUGCCAAAUUUGAAACUGAUUCUACAAACGCAGUAUAGCCAUUACCUGCACUGAAUAAUGCGGAAAAUAAUGGUAAAUAACCCGAAAUAUUUGUUUCUAUCUAAAUUCUAAUAACGUUAUAUUUAUCUUUGUGUUGUGCAAAAUUAAAAUGGGGCACCGCGGGACAAGUGCAUAUACAUAUGGAAAUGUAUAUGAAACCAGAAAUGCGAUCCAUCAAUCAGCCAUCAACUAAUCCCCAUUACAGCCUCGACCAACAUGGAAAGUUGGGGUAAGUGACCAUUUUAUAUGGUUUUUCAGUGAUAUUUAUUUGUAUAGAUCAUAUACAAAUUCCGUUUUGUAAAGAGAAAAGUCAUUAGGAAACAAGUUCAGUCCUUUGCCUGAUAGUUGAGCCUUUUAUGUUUGGCUUGCCAAACGGCUUAAACUAAUUCUAGCAAAAUCAAACUAUAGGUUGUAGUUAUAAGAGCGAUCGUAUUAUUAGAAAUAAGAUAGGAUUAUGGAAUCAAGAUACUUCUGAGUAUAUAAGUAGAUAUACUAUUAUUUAUUACAUUGUAAUGCCAAGAAGUUAGAUAUAGAUUCCACAAACGCAGUGCAUCCUGUAUCUGCACUGAAUACAGCGAGAAAUAAUAGUAAGUAGCCCUGAAAUGUAUUUUCCUUACAAAUUCUUAUAAUGAUAAAUUUAUCUAUUUCCAAUGCCCAAUGCUAAUGCACCUCCGCGGGAUAAGUUAAAAUUUCUGUGCAGAAAUUGUGAAUGAAAAACUUAAAUUCGAUGCUUAACUUUUACCGAAUCCCAAUAAGGACCUCGAUCAACAUGGAAAGUUAAGUGUUCAUAAUUAUAUAUACAAAUGGAAAUCAACAUAGGACUACGAAAUGCGAAGAUCAACAAUCAUCAAUCAUCAAUCAGCAAUCAUCAAUAAACAAUCAACAAAUCCCCAUUACAACAUCGACCAACGUGGGAAGUUAGGUUUCCGACCCUCUGGACUUCAUCACACAUCACUUCAUAACGAUAUCCCCAACCUAGUCAACAUCCUAUAUAUUUUUGUAGAAGACCAAUCGGAUAUCUGGAACGUUAAGAACCAUGUCGGACCUGAAGGAUCUUAACCUGACAAAGGAGCAAAUGGAAAAGCUUCAGGAGCAGCUGAAGGACGUGUUGAAAGACGGUGUCGAGCCGGACUGGAGGAUGGCGGCCUUGUUCAGCUCCAUCGAUAGUGUUCGCCUCUUUGUGGAAGCUGACAAGCCAGAGACUUACGUUCAAUUUAAGGAUCCGAAACUACACAAGUUUAUGGUGGUUCGUAAUGGAGAUGCAAUGGGAUGCUCUGAUUGCGAACGUUUCGAUCGGGAAAACAGGAAGGAUCUCGCCCGCUGGGAUGUGGAUAAGGUGUACGAAGUGAAUCUCGUUAAGGAAUCUGAUGCCGAGCAAUUUGGAAAGUUUCAAAUUGACGAAACCACUGGCGAAUGCUAUAUGAUGUUGCCCAUAGACAUUAGCUUACUCAUCCGGGGGGUCAGCUUAUCAUCCGAAAAGUCCACCGCCUUAAAGAGGGAACCGGGACCAGGACCCACUUUCUAUCUGUACGAUCUCGAUGACCAACCUGAAAAGGUAGCUGAUCUCGAUGAUCAUUCUUUAGACCCAUCACAGGAAGCUCUCGAUGAUCAUCCCCAAGAGGUAGGAUCACAGGAAGCUUCCGAUGAACAUCCCCAAGAGGGAUCACAGAAAGAUCUUGAUCAGAAAGCAAAUAUCAACCAGGAUGAAUCGGUUGAUGAUGAACCGGUGGAGCCAGAGGAACAAUUUUACUGGGAGUUCGCCUCGCACGUUUUCGAGAUGCCCAAAACCUGUUUCCCAUUCGAAGUGUCUUUCGAUUCCGAAGGGGAUCGCAUGUCGGGCGGCGCAGACGAUUUGGAAGCCCAGGAAUUGCCAACAGAUGACGAUUUGGAAAAUACCGAUGGAUACUUGAGUGAGGCAGUGCAGGUCAUGGACGAUCUCUACAAGUAUCUGGAUAAUUUGGACGACUAAAGGUAAACUCCAUCUCGGAAAAGGUUAUAUCUAAACCAGAAAUCAGAUCCUACUUCCAACUUCAGUGUCUGGUCGAAACUUUCUAACUAGAUCUGUUAAAUUUUCAAAGUUCGAUUAAAUUAAAAAGUUACAAGUUAAAAUGGAAA